AUGUCCGCGGAACACACGUACAAGUUCAACGUCAGCAUGUCCUGCGGCGGCUGCUCCGGCGCCGUGAACCGCGUCCUUGGGAAACUCGAUGGAGUCAAAUCCUACGACGUCUCCCUCGACACCCAGACCGCGACCGUGAUCGCCGAGCCGACGCUACCGUACGAAACGGUCUUGAAGACGAUCCAGAAGACGGGCAAGAAGGUCAACUCUGGCGAGGCGGAUGGGGAGAGUAAGAGUGUGGAGAUUGUGGAUGCCUAA